AAGAACACAUUCAGAACAUUCUACUACCCAAUCUAAUCAUGUGCCAACCCUGACACUGAAUCUAUCAGAGUUUCGAAGUCCGAAAUACCAAGGCCAUCACCGUCUCCUCCUAUCGCGACACGAGGCACCGACCACACCGACAACCAAGCGUAUAUCCACCCCAUACCCCAGUUGCCCAAUAUAUGUGCGUGUGUAUAUGUACAUCUCGGAACAUAGAAUCGGACGAACGUGUCACGGAUUGCAUGGCAACAGGCGGUCACAGAUAAGAACGUAUCGAGAAACCAACAAAAAAAGGGCCGACCUUCCUGGAAGCAUCUCCGACUGUACAUGCAGUAUCUCAUCCAAGACAGCGUUUAAUCUUAGAUGCAUUGUGCGCGUCUUUACAUUCCAUCUUUCUCCGACAUCUAGUGUUGCUAGGAUUGCUGAUCUUGCCAAUGCUGUCGUCGUCGUAAUCUCGGCUGGAGAUGCUACACUGUGGAUUUAUCUCGUGCGGGAGGUGCCUCUAGCCGAUGCUACAAAGUCCAUCCUGAUCGGUAAGGGAGUACAAUGCUCGAUUGGCGAAGACGGGGAACGCGCGGAAGGCCGCGGCAGAGGACCGCAGCAUGUUUUGUGGCUUGCCUUGUUCGGCCGACAAACGCUGGGCAUGGUUUCGAGAUGUUAUUCGACGACUGGCAACGUGAUUGUGACUGCAUAG